UCUCUCUCUCUCUCUCUCUCUCGCUUCAACUCUCCCACACGCUUUAAUAAAAUGUAACAUGGGGUUUUCUCUUUUAACUUACAGAUAGGGAGAUUGAGCAAGUUUGUCCCAUGUUUGCUUUCAUCAGCCAUUUGUAGAUAGUGAAAGUGAGGCUGCCCCACCUCCUACCUCCUAUAUUUCUUCUCUUAUUUCAACCAUUGGGUGUUCUAUUAAGUGAGAGAUCAGAGGAACAAGGAGCUCUCAGCUAUGGCAUUGCAGUCUGCACACUGAGACUCUUCUCACUCUAAUCCUAAACCCUAUUUAAUCCAUCAUCACUAAUAUUAGGGGUUUGGUGUGUGCGUUUUUUGGGUCCUUGUUACCUUUGCUACAUAUGGCUGCAAUGAGGAAAACCAAAUCGUUUUUAAUGCUGGUCGGAAGAGUUAUGAACGAGGCUGUGAGCUUCAUUGUGUUUUCGGUUCUCGACCUUGUGGAUUUCAUCCUUUGUUUUGUGUACAAGGUUGCUGAUUUUUUCAUCGAAGCCGAAUGGAAGCCUUGCUAUUGCUCCUCCUCCAAGGAAUCCAUUACCGGUAGUGGAAAAAUCUUGGUUUCAGAACAAGGCGAGUCAAAAAUCGUGUGCCUUAGCUCAACCAAGCUGCAGCUUGAGGAGAUCUCGGACACGCUCUACACCCGCCCUUCGCUCUUGUCCGAGGUCUCAAAGUUAAGCAUGAAGGUGAUCAAGAAAGGAACUGUGAGAUCCACCUUCACGGUCAACUCUACCAUUGUUGAAAUGCUUCAGGGAAAGAUUGGAGGGCAGCAUUUGCAUCCGAUCCCAAGGUGGUCGGAUUGUGAUUGCAAAUUUUGCACAUCUUGGACCUCUAAUUGCAAAGAAACACUUUUUGUUAAAACCGAUGGACCUAGAGUGAUUUCAGAGUAUAAGGGACAAGAAGAUGUGCUAUUCAUACAUGGGUUCAUUUCAUCAUCAGCAUUUUGGACAGAGACAUUGUUCCCGAACUUUUCAAGUGCUGCAAAAUCAAGUUUUAGGCUUUUUGCCAUUGAUCUGUUAGGGUUUGGGAGGAGUCCAAAGCCAACCGACUCCAUGUACACGCUCAGAGAGCAUUUGGAGAUGAUUGAAAGAUCUGUGCUUGAACCCAACAAAGUUAAUUCCUUCCACAUUGUGGCUCAUUCUUUGGGUUGCAUUAUUGCCCUUGCUCUUGCUGUUAAAUACCCUUCCUCCAUCAAGUCCCUCACCUUACUUGCACCUCCAUACUACCCAAUACCAAAGGGUGAACAAGCAACACAAUACGUGAUGAGGAGGGUGGCGCCGCGGCGGGUGUGGCCGGCGAUUGCAUUCGGCGCCUCCAUUGCUUGCUGGUACGAGCACAUCUCAAGAACCAUUUGUUUGCUCAUUUGCAAGAACCACCGGUUUGUGGAAUUUCUCACCAAACUUGUCACCAGAAACAGAAUAAGGACUUUCUUGCUCGAAGGUUUCUUCUGUCACACCCAUAACGCAGCAUGGCACACAUUGCACAACAUUAUAUGUGGCACCGCCGGCAAGAUGGAGAAAUACCUAGACGCUGUCCGAGACAAUCUAAAAUGCGACGUAAAUGUGUUUCAUGGAAAAGAUGAUGAACUUAUCCCGGUCGAGUGCAGCUACAGCGUGCAAUCGAAAAUUCCUCGGGCUCGUGUCAUGGUGAUUGAGAAGAAAGAUCACAUUACUGUCGUGGUCGGAAGACAGAAAGCUUUUGCUAGAGAGCUUGAGGAGAUUUGGAGAAAUUCAUCAAGCGGUUAAGAUCAAUAAUUAUGAUCUUUAAUCUGAUGAGGGAAUGUUGAGUCUAUAUGAUUGCACGUCUUAAUUUCCAAAUAGCAAAGAGGACUAGAGGUCGAUAUAUAAAACUAGCCUAAGUUAAUAUGAAAUAAUGGGAGGCUCAAUUUAUUCCUCUUCUUCAACUGUGGAAGUCUCAGAUAGGCACUUUAGCUGGCUAGCUUCACAAUGUGAAAAUUGCUACCCUGUGAAUAGUGGGGUUGUUGUCGUGCCUGAAACCUUAAGUUAUAAAAUUAUCAGCAAGUUGAUGAUAAGAUAAAAAAGAGCACAGGAUUUAGUAAAAGCCUUUUUUUUUUUCAAGUGUAAGAUCACAUGGUAAAUAAUGGUUUCAAAGUUUUAUUAUA